AUGGCAGACUGGCCUCCAACACUGACCCAGGAAAUGCUCAACCAGGUAAUGUCUUCAGAAGAUACCAAUUCCGCCCAGCCAAAGGCAGGGUCCUUACCUCCCCAGCGGAACUCUCAGCCCACAGAUGUGGCACACCGGCAGCUGUUGCGUCUGCAGAGCACCGAAGAAGGGAAAGCUCCCUUGCCAACAUCCAGGAGAAGCUCUAUCAUGAGCAUCCUCAAUGCUCCCUUUUCCAGCAGGAGGAACUCACUGGUUGCUGGGGGAAGGCGCCUGUCCAUUGGGCCCUGGAUGCACUGUGGCCGAGUGAGUUUUUCUGGGCUACCACUCUUUGAACCCAUUCGGGAGGCACACUAUGAAAAUACCUACAAGAUACAGCCAGAUGAAGGCUGCAAAUUUAAUUCUUUCCGGAUGCAGCAGGUUCUUGAAUCUGUUCUGGCAAGUUACUUAGGUGAUGCCAAGUACAACCCUGCAAACAGUGGGCAGUUAGUCCAGAACCUGUCAGACCUUAUACGGAACAGAGUCAAAGACUUAACCCCAUCUAGGUACAAACUGGUGUGUAAUGUCUUCCUGGGCCAGCAGGCCAACCAAGGUCUGCUUAUUGCCAGCCGGUCCCUUUGGGAUGUGGGGAAUGACAGCUUUGCCUCUGCUACUUUCACCAACUCAUCACUCUUUGCUGUGGCUACAGUACAUGGGAUAUAUUUUGAAUGA